UCCAUGACACCGAGGAUCCGAGCAGCUUGUAAACAACCGUGCAGGACGGUGUGACAUCUCAGAGAACUUCCCCCAGCGUCGAGCCUGCAAACCCCGGAGGCUUCCAGCAACCUGUCGCCCCCCCUGUCCGGUAGACAGGCCGCUUCGAUGCAUCACAGAGCCGCCCACACACCGAGGAGACCAUGGAUGUGUACGAUCUGUUUAGCAGCUGCAGAAAGGGCGACAUUUUUAGAGUCAGAUACCUCGUUGAACAAAGAGACGUGGAGCUCAAUGUAAGAGAUAAAUGGGACAGUACCCCGCUGUAUUACGCCUGCCUCUGUGGUUAUGAGGAGCUGGUCGAGUACCUGUUGGCUAAUGGUGCCAAGUGUGAAGCCAACACGUUUGAUGGCGAGAGGUGCAUGUACGGCUCCCUGAGUGACUCAGUUCGACGCCUGCUCAAAGAUUACAAGUGUGUCAGUGCCCGCACUAUGCAGCGGGAUGAUUUCAACUACUUCCUGCACAUGUUACUGGAGCAGGGCCAACACAGUGAUGUCAAGUUCCUGGUUCAUGGUCAGACAUUUCAGGCCCACCGCUGUGUCCUCAGCGCACGCUCCGAGUACUUCACUGAAAUGUUUGAGAGCAAAUGGAAAGGAAAGAACUUGAUAACUCUCAAACACCCUUUGAUCAACCCUGCAGCCUUUGGAGCCAUCCUGCAGUAUUUCUACACAGGAGGAAUGGAUAUCGAUAUAAGCCUCGUGGAGGAGUGCAGACGAAUUGCUAAACAGUGCAAGAUGACAGAUUUCAUAGAGGAGCUGGAGAGUCAAUGUAAACACGUGUAUGACUUUGUGUCCAACAAGCCAGGAAUCUGUGUGAAAGUCCUGACUGUGGAGUCUCAGAGCUGUCAGCUUGCGGAGGAGAUGGCUCAGUUAGCAGACUGUGCACUGCCCACUGAACUAAGAGUUGGAUUUGGAGAACUUCCAUUCAACAGAGUCGACCUCUUCCCUACUUAUCCCGACAUUUGCUUCAGAGUGGAUGGUUACGAUUUCUCUUGUCAUAAGGUGUUUUUCUCCGGGCGUAGCGACUACUUCAAAGCCUUACUGCAGGAUCACUUCAGUGAGGGAGGGCAGUUGCAGUCGCUGCCCAGCACUCCAGUGAUCACUUUACACAACAUCUCCCAUGAAGUCUUUAUCCAUGUCAUGUAUUACAUCUACAGUAAUACCACAGAGCUGACGACGGAGAAUGUGUUGGACGUGCUGUUUGUGGCUGACAUGUAUCUGCUGACGGGGCUGAAGCGUCUGUGUGGGAAGACGCUCGGUAUGACUAUAUGUGAAGACAACGUCCUGUACGUGUUGAGGACAGCCAAGCUUUUCCGUCUCUCCCGGCUGGAGGAUCAAUGCACUGUGUUCAUGGCCAAGAUCAUUGAGCGGCUUGUGGAGCAGCCUGAGUUUGCGGAGAUCAUCAAAGAGGACGCAGCAUCGCUUGACAAGCGUCACGAGACCGACUCCGUCCCCCUGGUGGAUGAAAUCCGCUACCACAUUACAAGCGACGUACAGACAUACAGCGCCAUCGAGGAGGCCAACCAGAAGCUGGAGGCCUUAGAGGAGCUGCUGUCCAGCAUUAACAUUGACUGUUGAACUACUUGAGGUUCUUGAGGUGCAAAUCAAUAAGAUGAAAAGAAAACAUAUGUGUUUGUAGGUUUUAUUUCAUUUACAGUAUAUUUUGGAGAGCAUAUAUUUUGGUGGGAGCUGGUUGUGAUGAGUAGCGGCAGAUUUGUAUGUUGACUGUUUUCAGUUUGUCUAAGAUAUACCAUGUGGGGGGGAAAUACAUUAGGUAUUGAGUAUCGUAUUAACCUGUUCUCAAGUUUGCAAGUUUUGACGAAGUGGUUUAUUAUGUUUUUACAACGGAUAAUCAUUGUAAAGCAAAUGCUUGAAUUUACUUUACACAUCAUUUGUAGCUGCACGAACAGCAGCUUAUUUAGCGUUUUUAAAAUCAUAAUUUGGCCCCAAUGAAGUUCAGCAUCGGAGCUUAUAAUGAAGUCGAUAAUUUUACUUUGACAGUAACUGAAAGCAGAUUGAAUCCAUGCCAUGCACUGUCUCACACUUGAGAACUAUUGGUAACUAGGUCAAAACUUAGUACAUGGCUGGACUCUGUGUUGUCGGUUGAGGACGUUGUUGAAAGCUAUUAUGAAACUGCAGCUCAGAGUUUUGUACUUAGGGAGCUGGCAGGCUGAAGUCUGUUCACGGACAUUCUGGGAUGUUGUGUUGGACUGUGGUCGAGUCAGAAGAAGUAUCCGUUGACUUCAUUUAUCCUGAAAAUAUUUUUAAUUUCAGCUUUUAUUUUCAAGUUGCAGAGAAUAUGUUUUUGUGAUAUUUUACUUCCUGCACAGCGGCAGUGAAGAUUAACUACAGCUUUUAUUUUCUGUUUGACUGGAUUUAGUGGCUUUAGUUCACCUCACUUUUCAAACAAUGACAUUCCUCAAGUGUGAACACUUACAUUAACCCCUCCCCCUCGACACACUCUUGCACUUUGUGUACAUUUAAAAUAAUGAAUCUAUUUCCCACAGCUCUGUAUCACAGCAUACCUUUCUUACCCAGUGCGUCCACGAGAAUGAAGCUGUUACUCUACUGUUUGCACGUUAGGUUUACCAUCGACACAGCAAAAAUAUUUAAAGGUUUGUUUUGAAAAUGUCCUGAUGUGCCUGCUGUUAGAAAAAUGGAUAGAUAACAGCUUUGGAUUUUUGAAAUUAAAGGUGGUACAGUGA